AUGGAUGAAGAAGAGGUGAAAAGCCUGAGGGAAGCUGCCUCCGCUAUGCCGCGGCGUCGAAAACGGCUCAUGAAUGUGCUCUUGGAUGGAGUCAAACCACCAGAGGGCGAAAGGCAGUGCCGAUUUCUUAACUACCGUGAAGUUAAGGAAGUGAUACCAGACCAAACCGGUCGUGUGUCAUCUGUAAGAUUUUACAAUAAACGUAAGGAUGAAGACGAAAUUAUUCCUUGUGGACUCCUUAUAUAUAGUAUAGGCUAUCAAACAUAUGUCAUUGACGGAUUACCCAAGACUGAAGAGGGUAGGCUAGCAAUGAAAAAUAAUUAUCGAGUGGAUAUGCCAUGCGGAUCAUUCGUAUAUGCCGCUGGAUGGUGCGCGCAUGGUCCGCGGGGUGUUAUUGUGGACACACAACAAGACUCACUAAAUGUUGCGGAACAAAUGGUGAAGGAUUUUUCAACGAGGACAGACGUUACAGGUUCUCUGCACGGAGCAAGAGCGUUGUUGGACUCGCGACAUGUGAACUACCUAACCUGGGCUGAAUGGAAGAAGAUUGAUGAAUUGGAACUGAAACAAGGUCAAGAGAAGGGAAAGGUCCGAGAAAAGCUUACUAAAUUCGAUGCAUUUUUGCAUAAAACUUUCUAG